GUCGAUGACUGGGAGAGCGACCCUGCAGAUGUUGACCUUUAUGAUAGAGAUGAUGUGGAUUGAGACGGACAGUAUUCAAGUGGGAGGAGAAGGAGAUCUGAACGGGAUGGUGUUGUAUUGGAUGUUGAUUCGUUUACGAGAAGGCUGAGGAAACCAUCAUUGGAGACCCAGGAAGAAAUGAAUCAACGCAUGCGCUCAGUUGAAAUGGCUGUGAAGGAGGCUCUAUUGGCAAGACGAGAAUCCCAAUUCACAGAUCAAGAAUUCCCCCGCUGGUGACCGCUCAUUAUUUGUUGAUCCAGAUAACCCUCCUUCAAAACUGCAGGUUGUUGCUGCAUGGAUGAGGCCCAUUGAAAUAGUUGAAGAGAAUCAGCUUGUUUCUGGUCCGUGCCUGUUUUCUGGAGCAGCAAAUUCUUCAGAUGUUUGCCAGGGACGACUGGGUGAUUGUUGGUUUCUGAGUGCAGUUGCUGUUUUAACUGAGGUUUCACGAAUAUCGGAAGUUAUAAUUACACCUGAAUACAAUGAGGAAGGAAUAUACACAGUUCGUUUCUGUAUCCAGGUGAGCCAUCAUUCAUAUAUGUAAAAUUAUUAAGAGAAGUAAAGAUCUAGCUUCCUU